AGUUUACACUUUACAUAUUGAACUUUUUUCUGCUCCGUUUUAAUAUUAUCAGAAUAUUGAAUAUUUAAAGAAUAGCAGGAUAUGUUUUAUAAAUUUGGAAAUCAUUUUUAUUAAAAAAAUUAACAUAAUAUGAGUGCUAUAUUUAAUUUUCAAAGCCUUUUAUCCGUAUUACUAUUGUUGAUAUGCACCUGCGCUUAUCUAAGAUCAUUUUUUCCAAGUAUCAUGGACCGGAAUAAAACUGGUUUACUGGGAACAUUUUGGAAAUGUGCAAGAAUUGGUGAACGCAAAUCCCCCUAUGUUGCAGUUUGUUGUAUAUUAAUGGCCUUUUCAAUAUUGUUCCUCACAUAAAAUUAUUACAAAACGUGGUCUUAAAUGUUAAUGAUUUAUUAAACCAUUUUAAAACUUA